CAUGUAACACACUUGCCUGGAGAACAAGUGUGUGACAUCACUUGACUGGCAGCGCCGGGUGAGGAGGAGUAGCGGUCGGAGAGUUCACUUUGCCUUUGUGGGAGUGUUGUACUACAUUACGCGAACCACUGAAAGACAAGUUGAAAGCAAAGUUAAGGAUUUAAACUCGGCUGCCGUUGACAACAUUCGAGGAUAUCCGUGCGGAUAUCGAACUUUUUUUCGCUUGGUUGCGCCGUACUUUACUUUCCUUGUAUGAAGCGACUCUUUAGUGUGACUCGACUGGCCCUAAAAGAAUCCAUAUCUGGUCAAAGUAUUCAGCUGUCACAAAGCGGGACCCGUUCGCUAUAAAUAGCCCGGAUAAGCAGUGGAGGAGACUUCCUUUUGAAAACAUCGCUGGGCACUUGGUUGCCUUUUUAUUAAAUUGUUUGGGGGAGUCGCUGGGAUUCUAUUGCGCCGCCAUGUCCACCUCCUAUAAGAAGGAAGUAGUGAACUACAGGGACGUGGACGAGGAUGAACUACUGAAGAAACUCUCAGAGGAAGAGCUACAGAGGCUGGAGGAUGAGCUGGAGGAGUUAGAUCCCGACAAUGCCCUGUUGCCGGCCGGGAUGAGGCAGAAGGAUCAGACCAAGAAGGCGCCGACCGGAACCUUCCAGAGAGAGAACCUGGUAGCCCACCUGGAGAAGCAGGCCAAGGAACACCCUGACAAGGAGGACCUGGUUCCGUUCACUGGAGAGAAGAGAGGGAAAGUCUUUAUACCUAAGAAGGUGGUGGAUCCCAUCAUGGAGAAUGUAACUCUGGAGCCAGAGCUGGAGGAAGCACUGGCCAACGCCAGCGACGCUGAGAUCUGCGACAUUGCCGCCAUUUUGGGAAUGCACACUCUGAUGAGUAACCAGCAGUACUACGAGGCUUUGGCCAGCAGCAAUAUAGUCAACAAACAAGGCCUUAACAGUGUUAUCCAGUGUACUCAGUAUAAGCCUGUGCCUGAUGAGCAGCCCAACUCUACUGACGUGGAGGAGACGCUGCUGAGGAUGCAGAGGAACGAUCCUGACCUGCUGGAGGUCAACCUCAACAACAUCAAGAACAUUCCAGUGAAGACGCUGAAGGCCUAUGCAGACGCCCUGACGGAGAACACUGCAGUGGAACGCUUCAGCAUCGUGGGAACCAGGAGUAAUGAUCCCGUAGCCUUUGCUCUGGCAGAGAUGCUGAAGGGGAACACCACACUGAAGAGUCUGAACAUAGAAUCCAACUUCAUCACAGGGACGGGCAUCCUGGCUCUCAUCGCCUCACUGCAGUCCAACACAACCCUGCAGGAACUCAAGAUCGACAACCAGAGCCAGCCGCUAGGUAACAAGGUGGAGAUGGAGAUAGCCAGCAUGCUGGAGAAGAACACCACGUUGUUGAAGUUUGGCUACCACUUUACCCAGCAGGGCCCCAGGCUGAGGGGCUCCAACGCCAUGAUGAACAACAAUGACCUGGCUCGGGUAAUCCGAUCCGAUCAUCACUCGGACGGUUCCUUUACUCUCACUCUGUCCGUGCCGGAACUGGAGAGGGCAUUUGGUAAAAGGUUCAAGCCGAAACUCACCAAGCCCAAGACCAAGAAAUAAGAAAGAGAAGGCUUGAAGGAGGUCCCAUCUUCCCCAAGUGUCGGACAAGCGUGUAGCGCCGCCAGGCACUGCCCGGCCCCGCCCAGCCCCGUAUUCAGCCAGACGCCCUCCAACAGAUAUCCCAUCAACCCCUGCUUCCCCAACCCUAACCUCGACCCCUCCGCGAUGACCGAAAUCGUUCCAAUUCGAAUGUCAGGGGCUUUGGCAAACCUUGUUCCUACUGUGGCAUGGAGUUGAUCUACUAUUGUACUAUUGUUUCCUUCACAGUUUUCUACUGAUAUUGGUUUAGAUAUCUUCGGUAAUAAUAUCUGGUAAUUGUGACAUAGAGAAGCAGCCCACCUAUACAGAAAAUAUUUAUUUUGUUAGUUUGUUUACUGGAGAUGAACUUGUGGUGGUGGAAGAUUAAAUGGUGUUACACCCAUAAUGUAUAUUGUACCACAUGCCAUGGGCAACAGGUAGCCUAAUGGUUAAGAGCGUUGGGCCAGUAACCGAAAGGUCGCUAGUUCAAAUCCCUAGCCAACUAGGUGGGAAAAAAUCUGCCAAUGUGCCCUUGAGCAAGGCACUUCACCCUAAUUGCUCCAGUAAGUCACUCUGGAUAAGAGCGUCUUCUAAAUGACUAAAAUGUAAAUGACUUAACUUGGUUAUGACGUUAGUACCACAUUAUGUAUUUCAGCAUUUUGCAACCACUUAAAGUAAUGUUUUUCAGUGUGAGGUUCAUAUAAGAUACGUUUUUAGUCUGCAACUCACACUGUCUGUAAGCAAUGGCACAUAACGGUUACAUAGGAGCUAUGUUCAGAGGAAUUGUUGCAGAUUUAAAAACAUUUUGGGGUGUAAGUUGUUUGUUUGUCCAAGUUUACUCCAUGGAGACAGCCACUAGAAGCUGGUCCUAGAUCAGUUUGUCUGCUAUUGUGUAAAUUCUGUAGUAUUACUGAAGUCUUCUCAGUCAAAUCUUACACAGAGAGGUUGCUACUAAGCGUUGGUUCUAGAUCAGUUUUGUGACGAAGUCGAUAUCUGCUAUGAUCCUUUAUUGAUAACACUUGUUAAAUCCAGAUCAGUGUAGAUGAAGGGGUGGAGACAGGUUAAGUAAGGA